AUGACACUAACAGAGCUUCUCCCAGAAUACCUCACCUCCUCUUCUCCUACUCAUCUCCUCCUCAUUGCAGUCCCGCCCCUUCUGGUCCUUUAUACCAUCUACGUUGUCAUCUACCGUCUGUAUCUUGGUCCCCUAGCCAGCAUCCCGGGUCCCAGACUUGCUGCCCUGACGCAAUGGUACGAGUUCUACUACGACAUCAUCCUUCCUGGACAGUACACCUUCAAGAUCUGUGAACUUCACAAAGAAUAUGGCCCGAUUAUCAGAAUCAACCCAUGGGAAGUCCACAUUUCGGACCCGGACUUCCACAGGGAGUUGUUGCCGGCGGGCACGAAUCGACGGAGGGAUCGGACGCAUUUCUGGUGUGAUCAGUUUGGGGCACCUGGCAGUGUCGUGUCAACCGUCCCUCAUGAACUCCACAAACUACGGAGAUCAGCCGUCAAUCAUUACUUUUCGACCGCAAGUGUACGGAACUUACAGCCGGUUAUCGAGGAGAGAGUCGACGCCCUGCUAGCGAGACUUCGUGAGCAUGGCAAGACGAAGAAGCAGACGCCGAUAGACAUGCUUCACCCUUUUGCGGCUCUGGCUUACGACAUCAUCAACGAGUAUGCCUUUGCCAAAGCUGAGCAUGCGGUUGAACAUCCCACCUUCCGUUUCGACGUAACCGAAGGUCUCACCACGGGCGUCCAAUACGGCAAACUCUUCCAACACAUCCCCAUCCUCCUCACCACACUCGAACGCCUCCCUCCCAAAUUCCUCGCCGCCAUCUCGCCUGCCUACCGCUCCUUCCUCGCAACGCGGGUCUCCAUCGCCAAGCAAAUCACCGACAUCUCGCAUAACCUCCACUCCUCCGAAAAACCCAUCCCCCGCAUCGCGGACGAGGGCCACGUCCUGAUCCAGGCCGGGGCCGUGACCGUCGCCUGGGCCCUCGCCAUCGCCACCUUCCACCUGCUUCAGCAACGCGACACCACGCUGCGCAAGCUCCAAGCCGAACUGCGCGCCGCCAUCCCUGACCCGUCCGAGUCCACGCCCUUGGCGACCCUCGAACGCCUACCCUACCUCAAAGCCGUCGUAAAGGAAUGUUUCCGCUUGAGUCUAGGUUCUUCCUCGCGCAUCACGCGCGUAGCGCCCGACGAAGCGCUCAAGUUCACCCCGUCAAAUAUCUGUCUGCAAGCUUACCACCACAACAACAGUCCCGAAGAAGAAGAGGUGGUAGUAAAGAAAUACAAAAAGGAAUGGAUCCUACCCCCCGGAACGGAAAUUUCCAUGACGAGCUACCAGAUCAGCGCCAACGAGGAGAUCUUCCCGGACGCGCGCUCGUUCAGGCCCGAGCGGUGGUUGGAAAACAAAGAGCUGGACAGGUAUCUGACGAGCUUCGGGGCCGGGCCGAGGGCUUGUUUGGGGAUGCAGCUGGCUUAUGCAGAGAUGUACUUGGCGCUGGCGAAGAUGUGGAGGGUUUGGGAGGGGGGUGAGCAAGUUGGUUCUGAUGGGCUUAGGCUUGGUGAGGAUGAUAAAGUGAUGGCGGCGAGUGAAAAGGAAAAGGGAAGUGCAGGUGGUCAGUUACUGACGGUGGGUAGGAUGAGGUUGGCUGAGGGAGUGACGCAGAGAGAUGCGGAGCUGGGCGUGGAUUGGUUCAUUCCUGCGCCGUAUAUUGGGAGUCAGGGGGUUAGAGUCUACUUUGAGAGUCAUUAG